AUGUGCGAGCGCGCCUUUGCCAGGGCGUACAACCUGCACACCCACAUGGCCACCCACGACCCGGACCCGAACCGGUCCAAGCCCUUUCCCUGCCCGUACCCCUCGUGCAAGGCCGACGGCGGCCGGAGCUUCAGCCGCAAGCACGACCUGCAGCGCCAUGUGGCCAGCACGCACGAG